AUGACCAAGGACGAAGACAGCGGCACCACCGAUGGCGGCUACUCCACGCCGGACAUCGCUGUUCAAGAGAAGCAGGAUGAACCCCCGGCGCCUGAGCCCGAGUACGCCACGGGCUUUCGCCUGGCCGCCAUCAUGGGCACAAUCUUUCUGAGCACCCUUCUGGCCGCCUUGGAUAUCGGCAUCGUCGCGACCGCAAUCCCCGGAAUCACGGACGACUUCCACCGCCUGGACGACGUCGGUUGGUAUGGUGGCGCCUGUUUCCUCCUCGUGGGGAGCUCUGCGCCCAUGUGGGGGAAGCUUUACAAGUAUUUUUCCGCCCAGCUCGUAUAUCUCGUCUCGGUCGUCAUCUUCCUGGUCGGCAGCAUCGUGGCCGCUGCCGCUCCCAACAGCGCUGCGCUGAUUGUCGGCCGCGCUCUGCAGGGCUGGGGAUGCUCUGGCACGCUGGGUGGCUCCGUGCUUAUGAUCAGCUAUGUUGCAGAACCCAAGAAGCGACCCAUGUUGAUUGGCAUGUGGAUGUCUGUCUUCAUGUUCUCCACCAUCAUCGGCCCUCUGCUCGGUGGCGCCUUCACCAGCGAGGUGACCUGGCGAUGGUGCUUCUGGAUCAACCUGCCCGUCGGCGGUCCGGUUAUUGCGCUGGUCGUGCUCUUCUUCAAGGUGCCAAAGCACAUCAAGCCCGCCCCGGCCACAUGGGUCGAAAUCUUGCGCCAGCUCGACCUCCCAGGCUUUGCCUUGCUCCUCACAUCGCUUGUUUGCUUGACCGUGGCCCUGCAAUGGGGUGGCCAGACAAAACCAUGGAGUGACGGCUCUGCUAUUGCCACGUUGGUGAUGUGGGUGGCCCUGACCAUUGCCUUCUUCGUCGUCGAGUGGCUUCAGGGCGACUACGCCAUGGUGCCUCUGGCCCUGCUGAAGCCGCGUCUUGUCUGGACCAAUGCACUGUAUGGCUGGAUUGCGAAUCUCGCCAAUUUCCAGGUGCUUUUCUACCUUCCUAUAUACUUCCAGUCCAUCCACGGCCAGUCCGCCAUCGCGAGUGGAGUCAACAGUCUUCCCUUCAUGGCCUUCUUCGCUGCUGGCUCGAUGCUGAGUGGGUUCCUCAUUGGAAAAACACGCCUCCUCCAGCCCUACGAAUUUGCCAGCGGCGUUCUCGCCACCGUAGGAGCCGCCCUCCUGUAUACCCUCGAUAUCGACUCCUCCAAGGCCCGUUACAUUGGCCCCCAGGUCAUUUUCGGUAUCGGCAUCGGCCUUGGUAACCAAGUGCCAAUGACUGCCCUACAAAGCUUUUCAAAGCCGGAGCACAUCGCACCAACCACUGGUGUUAUGCUCAUGUGUAACUCGAUCAGCGGUGCCUACUUUGUCACCGCAGCACAGUCCAUCUUUGCCAACUACAUGCUCAAAGAGCUCGCCAGCAUCGCGCCCGACAUGGACCCCAUCCAGGUCUUGACCACGGGUGCAUCGGAAGUUUCCCACGUCUUCCAGGGUGCCGAGCUUGAAGCCGUUUUAUCCGCUUAUCUUGCGGGUAUUAAGGACGUCUUCGCGUUCUCGCUUGCGGGUGCAGCAUUCACUGUUGUCUUGUCGCUCGCAAUUCCCUUCAAGAAGCUCCCUGACAUGUCUGCGGGCCCUUCGAAUGGACAGGAGGAUGAGGAGGGAAAGAAUGAUGGACCGGCCGAGAAGAAGGAGGAUGAGGUUGCUGCUUAG